AUGUCGAACACCAUCACGUGCACCGCGUCCGCCGUCAUGGCGAGCGUUGUCAAGAAGCCUGCCGCCUCGCCGGCCGCGGCGGCGGUCUACUCUUUCCGCGAGCCAGUGGAGAAACUUCCGUGGCGCUCGCACUUCUCUUCGCUCCUGCUGUCGGCCGACUGGCUGAACACCGCCAUCGAGCUGACGGUCCUGCUGACGCUCACCGCAAUGGCGACGCUGCUCCCGGCGUCCCGAGUCGACGUGCCUGGGUCGAUGCGGCUCGGUCAGCUCUCCGCCUUCCUGUGGGCUGCGUCGCUCACGCGGCGCGUCUACAAUGCAUACCUCGAGGCCGUCUUCUUCGCCUGUCCUGCGCGGCGGACGCAGCCGCCACGCGAGCACGCACUCAAGGCGGAGAGCGAUCUGUGCGGUCGCGACCGCGAGCAGCUCGCCGCCCUCGUCUACCACGACCGCAUGACGCUCCUCUCGCAGCUCACGCUCGUCCUGGCACUGUUCGGCACGCGCAAGACCGGGCGCGCGAUGCGCUUCCCCGAGUGCGCCACGUCUCGCGACGUCGCCGACGACGCCGCGGGCAAGCGGCGGGCGACCAACCCGUUGGGUAACAUCACCUCGCCGGCGAUCGUCCUCAGCCCCGUGCUAGCGGUGGUCGCGCUCGCGGCGGCCAAGCUGGCUGCCACCCGCUUCUCGAUCGCCUGAGGCCGCGACUCUCGACUCCCCGCCCGCCGCCGGCCUUUGGUCCCUUUCCCGCCCCCCCCCCCCCCCCCGAGUCCUGGGGGCCGGGGGGGAAGGGGGGGGCUGCGGGAGACGCGACUGACGGCGACGAUCGGGGCGCGCGACGUCAGUCGCGACACGUGUAGGACUACGAGUUAGGAGUGUCAGCGGUAGAGCGCCGCCGGGGCCACAACACCCGGUGGGCGCAUAUGCUGGAGAGAGAGAGCCACAGUCUCUCAGCGCGUGGGGGGCGUGGCCAUGCAAAGCGAUGGGAUUUGUGGGUCGCGGGUAGAGGGUUAGGAGCGCGUACAGUGGUUAGUGCAGCAGCUCGAGUGCAGCAG